UCUCUGGUCGACACGAAGCUGCUCGGGAAACCUGACAAGUUCUCAGGCGAGCUGGGCGAGAACGCGAAGUACAAGGAUGGUGUCACCUGGGAGAACUGGAGUUUUGGUUUGGCGGCGAACUGCAUGGCGGUGGACCCGCACAUGGCAGAGCUGAUGAGGGGCGCAGCUGAGGUGGCCGCUGAGGCCUACGCACACGAAGAUCUUGACAAAGAGGCCCAGCGUGUGAACACCAACCUGUAUUACAUCCCGGUGCUAACAUGCAAGGAUAUGGCCCAGGGAGUCGUGGGAGCGUUCCUUCAGGAGAAGGAGAACGACCUGAUCAAGGGCAUCGUGCCCUGGGAGACGCAGGUGCAGCGGUGCGAGGAGCAGACGGGCGAGAAGAUCAUGGAGUCAAUCAAGAAGUCCGUUCUGAGCACGAGACUGGUGCCCAACAAGCUCAUGGAGCACCUGAUGCUGAGCGCGACGAGGUUCACGACGUAUGCGCUGGUCAGGGCAGAGGUGCUUCACUACUUGAGGUCGAAGCAGGAGGUGAUGGCAUUAAGUGGUUCUGUGCCGAUGGAUUUGGACGCGCUUGCGUUUGCCAGACACGGGGGGGACGGCAAAGGCAAGCACGGCACGGAUCAGACCAAAGGCAAGGGGCCCGACAACACGAAUACGAGCCAGCCACGCAAGCACUGCGGCAAGAAGGGACACAAGCUGAUGGAGUGCGGGAAGGCCACACAGGACAAGGGCGGAAAGGACAAGAAUGACAAGCCGAAG